GUGAAAUGCUAUCAAGGUUACGCGUACGUUGGUCUAUGAUGUGAUUAUAAAGAGACGUGAUCGUGACACUCCAUACUUUUACUUUCCAUCUCCAUUUCUUCUUUUCAUCAACAACUCUUCUACAACUCUUAAUAGUUGAUAACCAUCACCAUCUAUCAUCAUGCCUCCCCAGCAACAUCCCUUCUGGGACUUCAUGCAGUCCCUCAACAACCCCAACCCAAACAACCGCCGCGACCCCGGCCACGGCGUCGAUCACAACACCUCCCCUCCAGGCCCUUUCCCCGGCUUCCCCGGCUUCCCCUUCGGAGCUCCUCCUCCACCACACGGCGGACACCCUCCGCACCAGCCUCACCAGCCGCAUCCACCUCCGCCUCCACCUCCCGGAGCCGGCCCCGGCCCCUGGUGGGAUCAAGCUCCCCCGGUCUGGGCUUACUGGUUCAACAACAACAACUUCAACGGCCCGCCUCGCUACGACGAACAUCCCUUCUCGCACGAUGCCGGCGUGAAUCUCCCCCACCGAGAGGCUCCCCGCGAGGGCGAAGCCCCUCGUGAAAAGAACAAUGAAGCGUCUUCUUCCCCCGAGACCAUGCAGGAGGGCGAGCCAUUCCCCGACCCAGCGGAAGUCACGCCCUCGGGAAGCGACGACGAGGACAACAACGCCGUUCCUCCCCCUUCGUAUCCUACCGAGGGCGGACGAGGCGGACGUCAUGGACGAGGUCGUGGAGGCCACGCUCACGCCCACGGCUGCGGAGGCCGUCGCGGAGGCCGUCGCGGAUGGCGCAGAGGAGGUCCCUUUGAAGGUCCCAACGCCGGUGGUCCUCCGUUUGACUUCCCCGGCAUGAUGCGCGGCUUCAUGGGCCACCCUUUCUUCCGCAACAUCCGCGACCAAGCCGCGCAAUACGCUCAACCCAGCACCCGCAACAACACCAACACGGAAGACGAAAACACCUUCUCUCCUCCCAUUGACAUCUUCAACACCCCCGACGCAUUCAUCCUGCACACCGCCCUACCUGGCGCGAAAAAGGACGACGUCGGCGUGACUUGGAACCCGCAGACGCGCUCCCUCCGCAUCGCGGGCGUGGUCCACCGCCCCGGCGACGAGGCCUUCCUUCAGACCCUGACGGGCGUGCGGGAGCGUAGAGUCGGUGUUUUCGAGAGAGAGGUGAAGUUGCCUCCUGAGGGCGAGACCGAGAAGAAGGCUGAUGGGGAGGAGGCGGAUCUGGAUGUUGAUGUCGAUGGAUUCGGCAUCACGGCGAAGAUGGAGGAGGGAAUUUUGAUUGUGACGGUGCCCAAGGUGGAAAAGGAGUGGAUGGAAGUGAGAAAGGUGGACAUUGCUUAGAGGAAGCAAGAUUGCUUAUUUGGUGAAUGACAUUCAGGAGUUCUGUAUGAGUAUAUAGCAUUUUAUCACUUUAGUUUUAGUUUCUGGGUAAUAUUGGGUUAUAAUAGUAAAUCAGUGGAAAAAAAAGUCAACUCGCUCUUUGUCUACAAUCA